GGGUGCAUCUCACUAUUAUGAAGGUGUUCCUAAUUUUUUGUACAUAUUUUUACUGUAUAAGCUAUGGUCAGUUUGUCUCUCUUUGUAUCUGCCUUUUGACUUCACCUUUAUCUUCUUCCUGUUUUUGUUCCGCUCAUCUCUCUCUACCCUUUCCAUCUCUUUUCCUAUGUCAGUCAGUUGUCCUCUCUCCAUAAAGCCCACUCUCUCAGGCGAAAGAAAAGACGCAAUAUGCUGGCCAUCUUUGUUUCCGUAGGAACCGCAACUCAACACUCUCCAAUCAGGGGCCAGAGUCUGGCGAGAUGGGGUGGGGAGGAGUGUCACACUGUUGCCACGGCACCCACAGGGACAGCCACUGAGAAUGUCUACACGCUGCUGCAGCCCCCUCGUUCUGCUGCCAGGGCCUGCUCUCCUGGUGAGGGGGCUGAUGGGAWGGUGGAGGACCAGAGGAGGGAGGAGCCAGUAGGUCUGAGCCUGCAGCCAGUGCAGAGCAUACCACCACAGCCUGGCAUGCCGGGCAGCAGACACCCCUUCUACUCACCCAGCCAGCCAUCAAAGCUAGAGACAGCGUACGAGCAACCUGCAGAUACUGACAGACAUUGGUCAGAGGACAGACAGGUGGACAGACAGUGGACAGAGGGGCUUCACACAGACAGAGAGAGGACAUUAAUAAGACCGGCUGACAGACACUCUGACCGGCACUGGACCGAGGACAAACUGUCAGACAAAACAUGGACAGAGGGAAGAACAGCAGAGAGACAGAUGGACAGAUAUUGGACAGAGAGCAGGCAUGCAGAUAGACACAUGGAAAGACAGUGGACAGUUGACAGACACACACAGAGACAGAUCGACAGACAGUUUGAUCGAGAUAGACAGUGGACGGUGAGCAGACAACAGACAGACAGAAAGUGGGCAGAGGGACGACCGACAGACAUACAGAUAGACAGACAAUGGAUAGAGAGCAGGCAGUCAGACAGACAGUCUGACAGACAAGCCCAGGGACAACAUCUGGCUCAGAGGCCUCUGCCGCCUUACCCAUCAGACAGGACUCCAUCACCUAAAAGUGAGACUGACUCCCAGAAAAACAUGGAGGCAACCGUGGACAGACAGAAGUACUCUGACACACAGACGGACAGACAUCUGCACUCAGACACUGCUGUAGGACAGGUGGAAGGGUGGAGGGGUGGAGUAGGGGUUCCCCCUGGACGGGUUUCUAUGAAUGCAUCUAAACCAGACCCUCCUCCCCAGAGCAGCAAACCCAUCCAGUCCAAACUGAGACAGAGACAUCUACAGGAGAGCUCUGGUGCAGAGGAGGAAGCAGACGGAGAUAGGGAUGGUGGAAGAAUGGAAAGGAAAGAGAGAGAUAGAGGCAGAGAUGCAGAGGGACAGCCACCUCCCAUUCCUGAAAAGCCAAAGACAUCCUAUGUGUCUUCUCCAAAUGAGUAUGCCAAUGAAAGGCCUAUCCCAUAUCUUGCACCAUCUGCAUUCAACAAGCCAGUGCUGGGAUUGGCUGACAGGGCUUUCAGUCAAGGUGAGGAAGCAGUGAGACCUCAGGCCCCAGUGAAACCCCAGAGGAACAGAAAGGCUAUGUCUUGUGACACAGACAGCGUCAACUCAGCGUCUGUUAAUAGCGAGCUGUUGUAAUGUCGAUGGAAUUAAGCUGCUUCAGACCAACCAGCCAGAGGGUUGUCAUGACAACUGGGCGGCAUUUUGUCCGAUGUGGAAGAAGAGAAAUAUGCGAGGGAGAAACAAGACUCUAGAGAGAGGGGACACACGAAUACAGAGAGAGAGGGGGAGGGGAAGAUACAUUUCUUAGAGUGAAAAAUGAUACGGACAUCGCUAAGCAUAACUUARCUACUGCUGUAUUAUUGGAACACACACAUGCUAUUCCUAGUCGGUCUCUGUCUGUCCCUUGCCCUCACUGUCUGCUUUCCUGUCAUCUCAAUGGAAACCUGCUCAACUGUUUUGCAGCUAUUCGAAUGGUGUUUGCUACUUUUGAAAAUCUACUGAAUUGUUGUCUGCACUUAAAAAAUGGCUAAACACUGUCAUGCUACAAUGCUAAGGGGCCAAACAUUGGAGCAUUUUUAUUAUCAUUAUUGAGAGUUACACUUUAUUUUGUAUUAUUAUUGUUUAUGUAAACUAAGCUAUGUGGCUAAGCUCGACUAAAGAAAGGAAUGUGUCUAUUAGAAUGUUAUUUCUAAACCUGCAAUGCAAUUUGACUGCUGUGAACGUUGAUUGCCAUGGUUGAAACUUGAAAAUGAGUUGUUGCUUAUUAUUAAAUGAAAUAUUUAUAUCUAGUUCUGCUUUCAUGGACUGAAAGGUAAUAUAUUUGAUAGAAAAAUGAAUAGUAUACCCUAUGAAUGAAUAAAAAUGCUGUACUGGAAUACACACUGAGAAUGUCAUCCUUUUUAUGGUUUGGUUCAUAAUAGGACAAUAAAUGGAGAUAAAUGA